AUGGCAGCCUGCAGCAUACUUCAAAAGAGGACACUGUAUAUUGCUGUCUCAGUCCAGCUCGUAAUUAUCCUUUGUCUUUACAUGCUGAACCUUAAAUUCAACGAGGUAUUCCGAGAUUCAGGUCACCUGGCGCCUAACUUUAAGGUAGUCAAGGGGGCGAAGGCAUCGGUAAGGAUUCGAACGAAUAAGCAAACUGAGGACGGCAGUUCCAUAAAACAUGCUCUGAAGGAGUUGAAUGAUGUCAUAUACGAUGGGGACUAUGAAACGGAAUACAAAAAUUACGAAAAUAUGCUCCACUGGCGAGAGGAUCCCGACUACUUGUUGGCGGACGGCGCUCUCCCAGCCCAUCAAAGGUCUAACGGCAAGGCAAACACCACGGCUCUGAGGGACAUCCUUGCCGGUUUGAAUGACGUUAUCUACGAAGGGGAUUAUGAUGAUGACAACCUUGCUGACUAUUGGGUGAUUGAUGAAUAUGAUGGCAGUAAAGAAGCAUCAAGUAUUUUAGGACGAGCCUGGCGACGGCUGCAAGAGUUAUGGCAACGGGGGAUAUCCAAGUCCUCGGAUAUUCCCCCGGAUAUACGGUACCAGGAGUUUAUCAAAUGGACUGUCAACGGUUCGUUAGUUAGUGAGACGAAUUCUUCAGCUAUUUUGAAAAAGGCGAAUGAGUAUAGGGAGCAACUGAACAAGGUGAUCGAAGAACUUGAUGAGUCUAGCAGUUGGACGCAGUCAACGGAAUCUCCAGAGGGCCCGGACUACCCAAGCCCAACACCGGAACAAGCUGUAGUCUCUGAUGGGAUAACACUUGAUAUCAAACAGGCAACAGAAACAGAUGAUGCCUACUCGGCUUAUAAGGUUUUCAUGGAUAAUAUGGCGUCAUGCCUCGAGAAGAUUGGAAAUGGUACUUGGGACAAGUCACCACGUACACAAAGUAUCUUCACGCAGCUAAAGAGGGGUCCGCUGGCCUCGAGGAAAAUUGUCACAGACAUCAUUCGGGACAACAAUGAGAACAAAGCAUUUACUAAGCCGCCCUCCAAAACUGACAGUCCAUCAGCAUGUUGGAUGAGUGAUGACGGGCUUAACUGUCAACCAGCAGGCUACGUCUUCGGCUUCAGAAGAUGCGCGAGCUCGGACCUGUUCUACCGGCUGACCGGUCAUCCACAGUUGGUCUUUACCACAGAGUUGCAAAAUAAUCACUAUCAAAGGGAUGGUACAAAGGAGUCAAUCACCGGGCAGAGUCGCAAGUUUGGCAUCCUUUCGUAUGUGCAAGGCCAUGUGAGCAAGCAUGCUAUCAUACUUGCUCGUAGUCCUACAAGAAAGUUUGUCUAUCACAUGCCACCCAGCGUAACAAAACGACCGCAAUAUCAUGACUAUUACAACAUGCUGAGGGCGCAGGCGCUCUAUGAAGUCAACCCUAAGGCCAAGUUCAUUGUUAUCAUGAGAAACCCAGUUGAUGCUGCAUUCUCUACGUAUGGUGCCGAACGCUUGUUCAUGACAAGCAGAGGGAAAACUACCACUCGAUGGUCGAUGCUUGUCAAGAACGCUGUUACUCCAUACCAGGACUGUAUACGUACGCGAGGUAUUUUCUACUGUCAUAGGCAGCCUCCUUAUAGUAUGACAAUGAUAAAGGUGAAUCUACUAGAUUUUGCAUAUAUCAUUGGUCUUUCUCACUGGAUGAAGAUCUUCCCCAGGGAGCAGUUUUAUUUCAUUAAGACGGAAGAGUACGCAGAAGUAGAAAAACGCCAAAAGAUCCUAGACGAGGCUUUCAAAUUCCUUGGAGGAAGGAAUCUUUCGGAUUCUGAUCUGGAGACGUUGGCAGCUAUGCACCGCCUUGAUUUUGCAUCUAUGAAGUAUACCUCGCCGAAAUUGCUAAAACAAGGAAUGGAUUCGAAAACGCGGAAAAUAUUGCAAGAUUUCUUCAUGCCUUUCAACAGUGCCUUAGCAAACCUUCUUCAGGACAAACGAUUCCUGUGGACUGGUGAUUAAGACAGCAUAGUUAUAUAUGUUUUAAAAUAAUGUUAUGUUCCAAGCGUUUUCUUGAAUUCUUCCAAAUAUUUUUGUAGCGAAAUCGUUGCAAAUCUUUCACUUGCUAUAGAGAUUGCAUACCAGUUACAUGGAAACAUCCAAUAGUAUAUGUGUUAACGUUUUAUCGAAAGUCUGCAAAAUAUAAUU